ACUGACACAAGAGUUGAGGGAAAUAUAGGCAGCAUCCAUCCCCCCGCGAUACUCUCUCGAAACUAAUGCGCGUUUCCAUUCACGUCUCUACUAGAAAGUUAUCCAUGUAGUUUAAUUUAAUACAAAAAAAUAAUAAUUUCAAAAUGUUAUUUUCUUUUUGGAGUUUAAUAGUGCGAAUGGAGAUGCUACUUAAAUUUUCUUUAGCGGUCUUUCUUUGUAUAGCCUUUCAGCAAAUAAAGGCGACAGAUCCAAACAAACUUCACGAAACCCCUCAAGAGAAACAAUUGAACCAGCAGAAAAGACGACUCUCACUGCAAAACACAGCAGAGAUCCAGCACUGUCUGGUGAAUGCUGGGGAUGUGGGCUGUGGCAUGUUCGAGUGCUUCAACAACAACUCCUGUGAAAUACGAGGCUUACAUGAGAUCUGCAUGACAUUUCUGCACAACGCCGGCAAGUUUGACUCCCAGGGGAAGUCCUUCAUCAAGGAUGCCCUGAAGUGCAUGGCCCACGGCCUGAGGCACCGGUUCAGCUGUGUGAGCAGGAAGUGCCUGGCGGUGAAGGAGAUGGUGUUCCAGCUGCAGAGAGAGUACUACGUCAAACACAACCUUUGUUCCGCCGUCCAGGAGAACAUCAACGUCAUGGUGGAGAUGAUCCACUUCCAGGACCUCUUCCCCAAAGGGCCUCAUGUGGAGCUGGUGAACAUCCUGCUGGGUUGUGGUGAGGAGGUGAGGACAGCCAUGACACAGAGAGUGAGGAUGCAGUGUGAGCAGAACUGGGGGGCCCUGUGUGGCAGCCUGAGCCUGUGCUCCCACCCCCAACACAUCACCGUCCCUCCUGCCUCUCUGCAGGGAAGGAACACGCUGCCCCCUGCUGGACAGCUCUUCCUCCCAGCCACUGAACAGGAGAAACCCAAGACAAGCCAGCUAGACAGGGGGAGCCUCCACCCCUCUGUGAGUCUCAGUCAGGAGCCCCUGGACAACGCCACAGACCCUGGGCUCGCUGUGGCCAGUCAAGAACCCAAUACCGCCGUCCAGGGGUGAAACACUGAGUGCAAGGUCUUUAGCAUGUACACAUGCAACAGAGCAGCCCCUAACCUCUAACCCCCUUUCCCCUCAAACAGCCCUACUACUGAUGAUCUCAGUGUGGUUACAAACAAGGACAGAAAGGAAGAGUAACGGCCCUGUACCAUGCUCCUCCAUUCAUACUCUCCUAAAUUGGAAAGGUGACAGGGUAUAUGUGGUCAAAUGUAGAUUUGAGGCCAUGCACUUGUUUUUCAGUAGUAGUAGUAGUUCCUUUUGAUUGUUUUAAUUACAGGUGCAAUGCAAAAUAUUGUAUUGUAAAAUAGCAUUAAUUUAAUUGGAUUCCUUUUAAAAGUAAAGAAUGGGUAUAUCCAAUUUACAGUAUAAACAUUUUAUACAGAUCCAAUUAUCAAUAUUAGUUCAGUAAAGACUUAAGAGUGCUUGUAAUAGCAAGGACUCUUGCAGAAGGUUGGAAGUUGUUUUCCAUUUCUUCUCAAAAUUGUGUCUGCAAUAUUCUAGUUUUAGCUAGACACUAACUUGGUACACACUCAAUGUAUUGAGACAGUGAGCUAUCGAUUUUCUAGAUACUACGAUUUAUAACUUUUAAGAGUUUUAAGAGACAAUUUCCUAAUAUACUUAAACACCCACAUUUUGGAUGGCUGACUCAAGGUCAUAGAUUUCUAGGUAUCCAGAAGAUGAGGUAAAUAUAAUUUAUCUUUAUUGUGAUACUAUGCUUUACGUUCUGUAAAAUAGUUUUAAAUACUGCAUUUGCUUUACCAAUUUAUACUACCAUCACUACCUAAAAAAAAUGCUUGUAUAGAGAUUAGUGUUUUUGCAAGCACUCAACGUUUCUGCGGAAACAUUUUUCUAGUUUGAUUUGCAGCACAAACAUGAACCGCACAAGGAUUAUUUUCAUUUGUACGUCUAAGACAGGCUUACAUUCUUUCAACUCAGUAAUUGCACAUCAACUCUGUCAAGAGAAGUCCAUCUCUGGCACAUAUGAUGCAUUGUGCAUGAUUACUAAUUACAAGUAUCAACUCCAUGAACAAGUGGCCUACCACAAUCAGGAAAGCUCAUAACAAAUCUCACAACAGUAACAACUCUGCAACAUGGUUAUGCAUGUUCACUCAGAAAGGCAAACAUCAGGAAACCUCAUGUCUCAUUACCAAACAAUGAGACCCAUCAUAACUUAUUGGUUAGAAUAUUGUUGUGGGCCUUAGACUAUUCUCACUGAGGUCUUUGAUAAUAUGUAUGUCUCAAAUACGGUCUACUAUAAUGUAUUUUUCAACAAAGUGUUUGUCACAGGAUGACUACAGUGUCUUGUCAGAACAUUUUGCCACUGACAGUUCAACUUUAUACUAGCUUUUGAUGCAAAUAGCUAGCUACAGUACAUCAUGAAUGAUUGUUCUAACUUCAUCAUUAGUACUCCAAGGAACCUACCUCACCCCUCACCAGCCAUGCCAGCUCGACAUGUUUUAUGAUGGACACAUUCAGAGGACAUUGAACUGGUAUGAAUACAACGGACACUCAGCUAUCUCGCACAUUCAGUUUUACACUCAUUUUGUACAGUUGGCUUGUAUGAUAUGGAUUUUCUUCGGUAUGUCCAGUUGUACAUGUGUAGGAAGAGCAUCAACUGGCCUCAACACAACUUGUGUGUCAGUACUAUCCACCUACAUAUAAUGAAGUGGAUGAUUUCCUUCCCGUACUCUUAUUACCUACCGGAAAAUGAAGGUCUGUACUUGAAAAGGCAACUUAUUUCUUAUGAAGUUUGUUUGUACUCUGAUUCAAUGUCUGUAUUUUAAGUAUUUAAACCUUUUUUAUUUAUUUUGAAUGCUUUUCUUAAGCUACGCAUGACAUUAGGCCUUGAUACAAGCAAACUACCAUUUUAUACAAAUCGCUUGUUUCAUGAGUUAUUUUGUACUUUUGGACAUUAAACAUUUGAUACUUUGUUGCAAUUUUAUAAUAAUGAUAGUGCAUUGAUUGCAAUCAUUUUAUAAGCAAUUGAAUAAAAUGCUACUAGUUGG